UAUAAUAUACACACACACAGAGCUCCACGAUCUCCCUUUUUCUUCUUGAAGAAAUCCCCCAGAAAAAAUCGCCGAUUUUCGAUCCCUUUUUGUCUCACUUCUCAACUGCCAUUUUUGCAGCUUAUAUCUUCAAUCUCAAGCACUGUAAUCCCCACUUUUCGUCUUCAUCGGCUUCAAUUUUUAAAAACCCCCAAUUUUUUUGUUGAAAAAAUAACACCCAAAAGAUCUGAUUUGCAUUCAGUCGAGAUUCCCGGCUGUUUCAAAUUCAAUCAAAUAAUGUCGGGGGUGGAAACUGUCGUUUGGGUAUUGUUGGGGGGCCUGUUUCUGCUUUGGUCAGAAGUUGAAGGGAUUGGUGUGAACUGGGGGACGAUGGCUACCCAUAAGCUGGAUCCGAAAACUGUGGUUCAGAUGUUGAAAGAUAACGGGAUUAAUAAAGUGAAAUUGUUUGACGCCGAGCAAUCGACGAUGAGUGCACUCGCCGGCUCCGGCAUCGAAGUUAUGAUUGCGAUUCCUAACGAUCAGUUGCUCGCCAUGAACGAUUACGGUCGAGCUAAGAAAUUCGUGCAGCGUAAUGUUACCAGAUUUAAUUUCAAUGGCGGUGUUAAGAUCAAAUAUGUUGCUGUUGGCAACGAGCCGUUCUUGAAAGCAUACAACGGCUCGUUUAUGAAAACAACGUUCCCGGCACUCCAGAAUAUCCAGAAUGCCCUGAACGAAGCGGGAGUUGGUGAUGUCAUCAAGGCUACUGUACCUUCGAAUGCAGAUGUUUACGGUUCUCCGGUCGACAGUCCGGUCCCUUCGGCCGGGAGGUUCCGGGCUGAUAUCAAUGAUCAAAUGACCCAACUCGUAGAUUUCCUCGCCCAAAACAAUGCGCCCUUUACGGUCAAUAUAUACCCGUUUCUGAGUCUUUACGGCAACGACAAUUUCCCGGUUGAUUACGCUUUCUUUGACGGCGUAAGCCAACCGAUUGUCGAUAACGGGAUUCAGUACACAAAUGUGUUUGACGCCAAUUACGAUACCUUGGUCUCGUCUUUGAAGGCGGCGGGCCAUGCUGAUAUGCCGAUUAUUGUCGGAGAGGUUGGGUGGCCCACCGAUGGGGAUAAAAACGCCAACAUUAACAUGGCGUAUAGAUUCUAUAACGGGCUUUUACCUCGACUCACCUCCAACAAAGGGACCCCACUAAGGCCCGGCUCGAUAGAAGUUUAUCUCUUCGGGCUUAUUGAUGAGGAUGCUAAGAGUAUUGCUCCGGGAAGCUUUGAACGACAUUGGGGAAUAUUCCGAUAUGACGGGCAACCGAAGUUUGCGAUGGAUAUAUCGGGUCGAGGACAAAACUCGUUUUUGGUACCGGCCCAAAACGUGCGUUACCAAGAGAAACGGUGGUGCCAAUUCAACCCGGACGCAAAAGAUUUGAGCAAACUCGGGGAGAAUAUUAAUUACGCUUGUACAUUUGCCGAUUGUACACCGCUCGGGUACGGUUCGUCGUGUAACGGGUUGGAUGCAAAUGCGAAUGCUUCGUAUGCAUUUAAUGCGUACUUUCAGGUGCAAAAUCAAGACGAAAUGGCGUGUAAUUUUCAAGGUUUGGCAAUGGUGACGACACUAAAUAUCUCGACCGAGACCUGUGCGUUUAACAUUCAGAUAGUCGGGACGUACUCAUCGUCGGCUUCUCGUUCUUCGGUUCAUCUUUUCGUAUACUCGCUUAUUCUCGUGUUUUUGUUGUUGUAGGUUUGAUUGUUGGUGUAGAUAACGCAAGUUAUUGUCAUUUUGAGAGAUAGCAGCAUUGGUGAUUUACGAAUUGACGAUACAUUCGUUUAUCAGAACUUUUUUAUGAAAUGUGAUUGUUUUACACCC